AUUGCCCCAAAACCAAACAGUAAGGAAAACAUUUACCAGCUUAAGAUUUUCAUUUAGUAUAAGUCCCACAUAUUGUAUAUUCAAGAUUCAUUUUUAAACUUACCAACCAUUUACGACUACAUUUUGUCGUUACACGCUUUUCCAGUCAGAUGCGCAUCCCGAGGAUCGAUGUAAAACCCAUAUCUCAUCUUCUAAGUGACUUUUUACGCAGUAACCUGAGCUCGAGCCGUAACCUGCCUAAUAAAUGUCAGCAAUUUGAGCAAAUAAUUUUGACAAUUCUAUUGUCAACCACCGCAGAGCACAUAGGCCCCUCGAUAUACUUCCUACUUCCAUCCAGCGACCCACAUCAUCGUAAUCAUCAUCAAAUUGCCGUGGUGGUUGGCAUAAUUUUCGCGAAGUAAAAAGAAGAGCAAACAAAAAUUGAAACAUAAAAAUGUAAUUUGGCUGUGUGGGUGACACUGAUGGCAAUGGGGCAACCCAGUGUUAAAUACUUGAACCUUUUUUGCGCUGUGUACCACAUAAAAGUACAUUAAAAUAAUGCCUGUUUAGGUCACAGACAGCUGGGGCAGAGCAAAAGGCUCGUAGAGUCAUUUAUUUAUGACAGCCACCUUCUCACCCAAGCGAAAUUUAUGCUAAACGGGAAAGAAGUUUCAAAUUUAAGGGGUGGCAGUUGCGGCUCUGGGCAAUGAAAUGCCCUGCCAAAAGGACAAUGGAUCUGCGCUGGCUGUUAAUCAGUGCAAGUUUCGGAAAGUAAUCAGCAAAUAUUUGCCCACUUUUUGUUGCGAUUUUCUCGAGCAUUCUCUUAAUUUUCAUAAAAGCGCGGUUUCUUUCCUCUGCCGCAUUGUUUGCUCGAUUGUUCUUGUAUUUAUUUCUUGUACAUCGCAGAUACAAAUGUUAAUCUAUCAAAGGAAAUCUGAUUUACUGGCAACCUUCGACAAAAGCAAUUGCAUCAUCAUCUUGUUUGAUUUUCGAGAGCCCUUGUAUCAUCUUGCCUUAUAAGGGAUGGACUACUUUCACAAUUAUCUUGGCCAUCGAGGCGUAAUGAUCAACUGAAAACUGUGCUUUUGAUUCAGUUCAAUUCAACUACUCAUCGGCAGCGGUUUAAGUUCAAAAUGGCAUCUUCGAUGGAUUUACUCUACCUUUUUGGCAUCUUGGUCAUUAGCAGCGUGCUUCUGGAAACUUUGGCGCUGGACAGCGAAGUUGUGGAGUCCGUUACCGGUGUUCCCAAAUCAAGCAACCUUAGUGAAGAUGUUAAUAUAAAUCUGGAGAAAACGUGGAGCCCUAAUGGAUCUAUGCAGGCGCAGCCCUAUAAUAUUCUGGAGACCAACUGCCCACAUGGUUAUGUCCUGGCUAACAAACAUUGCCACAAGCGUGCCUAAAAGUUAUUUAGUAUUGAAAUAAAUGUAACGCUUAUAUAAAGCCAACUUUA